UAUACUCAUAAAGGUAAAUAUGUUGUAAAAAAUAGUCAGAUUUAAAACGAUGUUGUAACAUAUUUUAUGCGGCGGAAUAAUAUCUCAUACGAAUCCGGCUCUAGAAUGUGCUGGAAGGACCGUAGCAACAGAAACCGUCCCCGUGCUUCUGAUUGGACUGCAGGAUUGUUUGUUUGAUCAACGAUUGGUUGAUGCGUUACACAGGGUCAUUGGAGCCGCUCUGGGCAGGAUAUUCAGUUCCACGUCAACAGGUUUCACAACAAACGUGUCACAAGUUUAAUCACAUGAGACGCCGACGUGAAUGAAGAUGGCUCUUGUGAAACACGCGGGCGGCUGCCACUGUGGGGCUGUUAGAUUUGAAGUCUUAAGUUCUCCGGACCUCCAUGUUUUCCAGUGCAACUGCAGCAUUUGCACAAAGAAACAAAACCAUCAUUUCAUUGUGCCAAAAAAUCUCUUCACACUCUUAAAGGGCUCCGAUAAUCUGACCACAUACACCUUUAACACUCAAGUUGCCAGGCACACCUUCUGUCAAACCUGUGGAGUCCAAAGUUUCUACACGCCGCGCUCCAACCCUGAUGGAUACGGCGUUGCUCCGCACUGUCUGGAUCCAGGUACCGUCCGCAGUGUCACGGUGGAGCCGUUCGGUGGUGAGAAGUGGGAAGAAAGCAUGCAGGCUCACAAGAAGAUCAGAGGCAUGUCCAAACACUAAAUAACAACACU